AUGACCGAAGACGAAAAGAAAAUCCAAGACAUCUACAAGAAGAUUGAGCGCGAGAAAAACAUCAUCAAUGCCGCCCAGGCUAUGCGCUCGCAGACCACCAAUGAGGCCGUUCGUUCCCGACUCGACACCCAACUGAGAGACGGCCGGCGGAAUCUGCAGUUCUUCGAGGAGAAGCUCAGAGAUAUCCAAAUGCGACAGGUCAAUCAGGACAUGGGCAAUGUCUCUCUCGGCGCUGGCGCUGGUGCUGACGAUGGCGGCCCUCCUCCUCCCCCGCCCAAGGACCCCUCAGCUGCUUGGGGAGGAGACCAAGGUGGUUACGGCACUGCUCAGUACAGCCAGGGUGGCCAACAUGGCGAUUUGAUGCCUCCUCGCCAUCCUUAUGCUCCUCCCGGGCCUGGAGCUGGCAUGCCCAAAUCCAGACCAAAUUUCACAAAACUAGAUCUGAUCAAAUAUGAUACGCCCUAUCUCGGUCCUCGUAUCCAGCUUAUGCUGUCUCAGAUUCAGUUCAAGCUGAAUGUGGAGGAACAAUACCUCAAGGGGGUUGAGAAAAUGGUUCAGCUUUACGGUAUGGAAGGCGACAGAAGGAGCAAAGCCGUUGCCGCAGGUCGUAGAGUCGAAAGCAAGCAAAAGAUUGUCCUUUUGAAACAGGCACUUAAGAGGUAUGAGGAGCUGCACAUCGAUAUGGAUUCAGCCGACGCUCAGGAUGAUGACUCCAUUAAUACCCCGAAUUUGCGGAAACCUCUCAGCGGGCAGCUUUCCAUUCGAGUCAUGGCUGUCAAGGACGUGGAUCAUGCGGCUACUGGCCGUCUCUCCCGUGGGCCCGAAACCUUUGUUGCAGUCAAAGUCGAAGAUGCCGUUGUCGCCAGAACAAAAACCUCUCGAACCGACCGAUGGGACGCCGAGUACCAUACCAUCGACGUUGACAAGGCCAAUGAAAUCGAACUCACAGUUUAUGACAAACCCGGCGAGCACCCGAUGCCCAUUGGCUUGCUGUGGGUUCGCAUUUCUGACAUUGUCGAGGAGAUGCGCAGAAAGAGGAUCGAGGCAGAGAUGAACAGUUCCGGUUGGGUGUCGGCCGACCAAAUGGGCACGCCUUCCUCUCCUCCGGGCCAUCUCCCCAUGAGCCCGACGCAGACUGGAUUUGGAAGUCAGGGGCACGGCGCCGAUCAAAGCAGCGGUUACAGCGGUGGUCCUCCGCCUCAUGUUCCCCAGCCCCAGAUCAACACGGGUCCUAUCGAUGCUUGGUUUAACCUGGAGCCGACUGGACAAAUUCAGCUUCAAAUGAGCUUUGUCAAGCAAAAUAAGGACCGGCGGCCCGUGGAUCUCGGUCUGGGCAGAAAGGGCGCCGUUCGACAACGCAAGGAAGAAGUACACGAAAUGUAUGGCCACAAGUUCGUGCAGCAUCAAUUCUACAACAUCAUGCGCUGCGCGCUCUGCGGCGAUUUUCUCAAGUACUCGGCUGGCAUGCAAUGCGAGGAUUGCAAAUACACAUGCCAUACGAAAUGCUACGAUAAGGUGGUCACCAAGUGUAUCAGCAAGAGUAACGCAGAGACCGAUCCAGACGAAGAAAAGAUCAACCACCGCAUCCCUCACAGAUUCCAGCCCUUCUCCAACAUGACAGCUAAUUGGUGUUGUCACUGUGGCUAUAUCUUGCCUUUUGGCAAGAAGAAUUGCAGAAAGUGCUCAGAAUGCGGUCUAACUUGUCAUGCUCAUUGCGCUCAUUUGGUUCCCGAUUUCUGCGGCAUGUCCAUGGCGGUAGCAAACCAAAUCUUGGAAGGCAUUCGCACACAGAAACGUCAGACAAAGGCGUCGUCCAUGUCGGAGAGGACGCUGCGUCCCAGUUCUAGCAAACCUGGGUCUACCGCUUCCCCGGCGCCGUCAUACACCACCGACGCGUCUAAGCCCUAUACCGCCCCGUCCACUGCAGCCACUGAAGCGGCCAAAUUGAUGUAUGCUCAGCCCACAUCACCGACGCAGCAAAGACCGCCAGCACCUGAUCGUUUGCCCUCGACCCAGGCCGCGAAAGCGGCUCAAGCUGCUUUGGGUGGUACAACAGCAGCACAAGCGCAGCAACAAAGGCAGUCUGACUAUGGUCGAUAUGUUGGGUAUGACCAAGAACAGCCCGAGGAUCACUAUACACAGCAAUAUGGCGGCCAGCCCCAGCAGCCACAGCAACCUCAGCAACCUCAGCAGCGACCAUACAACCCUGCCGACUAUCUUGGGUAUGCCGGCCAACCAGCCACUCAGGCCAGACCGCCGGUGCAGCAGCUACCCCCCCAGCAGCAGCCUGCACCACCUCAACAAAGCUAUCAGCCCCCUGCCCCUGUUCCGAAGCCCGAAGUUGUGGUGGCUCAUCGGCCGCAGUCAGGUCCUAUUGCGGGUCAGCCAAAGCAACUGCCUCUUGCCACAGAUCCCGGUACUGGGCAGCGAAUUGGUUUGGAUCACUUCAAUUUCCUUGCAGUUUUGGGUAAAGGCAAUUUUGGCAAGGUCAUGUUGGCAGAGACGAAGCGGUCGCGACGAUUAUAUGCUAUCAAGGUUCUGAAGAAGGAAUUUAUCAUUGAGAAUGACGAAGUUGAGAGUAUUCGCUCCGAGAAGCGAGUCUUCCUCAUUGCGAACAAAGAAAGGCAUCCCUUCCUUACCAAUUUGCACGCAUGCUUCCAAACAGAGACUCGCGUAUAUUUUGUCAUGGAAUACGUCAGCGGCGGUGAUUUGAUGCUUCACAUUCAGCGAGGACAGUUUGGAACUAAGCGUGCUCAGUUUUAUGCUGCUGAGGUGUGCCUGGCGCUAAAGUAUUUCCACGAAAAUGGGGUUAUUUAUCGUGAUCUCAAGCUAGACAACAUUAUGUUGACCCUUGACGGCCACAUCAAGGUAGCUGAUUACGGUCUUUGCAAGGAGGACAUGUGGUAUGGCAAGACUACCAGCACUUUCUGUGGUACUCCUGAAUUCAUGGCCCCAGAGAUUCUCUUGGACAAAAAGUAUGGCCGAGCGGUUGAUUGGUGGGCCUUUGGUGUCCUCAUAUACCAGAUGCUCCUGCAACAGUCUCCUUUCCGAGGCGAGGAUGAAGACGAGAUUUACGAUGCUAUCCUUGCCGAUGAGCCCUUAUACCCCAUUCAUAUGCCCAGAGACUCGGUUUCCAUCUUGCAGAAACUGCUCACCCGCGAACCCGAGCAAAGACUCGGAAGUGGGCCCACGGAUGCCCAGGAAGUGAUGAGCCAGCCGUUCUUCCGAAAUAUCAACUGGGACGACAUAUACUACAAGCGAGUUGCGCCGCCCUUCAAACCGACCAUUAAGAGCGCAACAGAUACGAGCAACUUUGACUCCGAGUUCACCAGUGUUACUCCUGUACUUACGCCUGUACAAUCUGUACUUUCUCAGGCUAUGCAAGAGGAGUUCCGUGGCUUCUCGUACACUGCAGACUUUGAAUGA